AUGCGCGUAUGGUUUGCGUUUGGUGCGCUUUUUGCAUUUGCAGGAGCAGAUCAAGUCGACCCACUUACUGAUAAGGACCAUUUCAAGGCUGGCGGGCAUGACAGCAGAUUUGACCAUGAAGCCUUUCUCGGUAAGGAUGCUGUAGAAUCAAACGACGUAGUAACCAAAGAACGUCUUGCGAAAUUAGUUGCAAAAAUGGACAUAGAUGGUGAUGGGUUCCUGGAAGAAUCUGAACUGAAGGAUCACAUUAAUUUUAUGCAAAAACGAUACGUAAAUAAUGAUGUUGAUCGAACGUGGAAAAAUUAUGAUGCAGAGAAAGUGAAAGAUGGGAAAAUUUCAUGGAAAGAUUACAUAGAAAUGGUUUAUGGAACAGUAGGUGAAGGACAAGAGUUGAGUCCUGAAUAUCAGAAAAUGAUAACACGUGAUGAAAGAAGGUGGAAAGAAGCUGAUUAUGACUCGAACGACAUGCUUGAUCGAACUGAAUAUGGGUGUUUUAUGCAUCCUGAGGACUGCGAUCAUAUGCGUGAUGUUGUUGUUCAGGAGACACUCGAAGAUAUUGAUAAAAACAAGGACGGAUUUGUAGACCUUGAUGAAUAUAUCGGUGAUAUGUACAGACCGGAAGACUAUCCAGAACUAGACGGUAAAGAGCCGGAAUGGGUUGCCAGUGAACGGCAGAUGUUCAAGGAGCAUAGGGACAAGGACGGCGACGGCAAGCUGGAUAAAGAUGAAAUGAGGGACUGGAUAAUGCCUAUAGGUUUUGAUCAUGCUGAUGCAGAAGCAAAACACUUAAUUGGUAUCGCCGAUGAAGACAGAGACAAAAAGUUAUCAUUAAAAGAGGUUCUGGAUCAUUACGAUACAUUCGUUGGGUCACAAGCAACUGAUUACGGUGAGCAACUACAUAAACAUGAUCCUGCGGAACUUUAA